ACAGCAGCCGCAGCGGCAUUGGCCGCAAAGUGGGAGAUCUGAAGUUAUGAAAUACUUACUGUGUCUAUAUAUACAUAUAUGCUAUACAUAACUUAAUAUAUUUCCUUGUCGUCGCCAUGCUCAGUGUGCGCUAAAUUUCUUCCACGACUGGAUGGCUUGCUGGUACAAAAUUCAAAAAUAUUUCGAGUGUGUUUUCGUAUGGAGGCGGUGACGGUCGCGACCGCGUUGGCAAUAAGUAAUGUGAAGUGAAGUGAAAAAGUAGUCGCACAAAAAUAUAAUGGAAUACGAAAUAUAAAUAAAUAAAUAUUUUAUAAAAUGGCGUGCAAUUAAUAUUUACGUAAUAUAUUUUAUGUGUGAAAAAGAUUUGUGGAAUUAUUGCAAGAAAUUUGUCUCAAAAACAAAUAAUUAAUAAACCAUUUUCUAUGAAAAGUGCCUAAAUAUAUAGUGUCAGUACACUGCUUGAAUGUAUAACUAAAUAACGGUUUAAAACGUGGUUACACGGUUACAAAAAAAUGCGUUUUAGCAACAUUUUCGGCACAUUCUUGUUGCUAAUCGUCGUUAAGCUGACGCAUGAAUACACCAAUAAUGGCGAUAUUGAAGUGAAAGUUGGUGUCCUUUUCUUCCGUGAUGAAUACGAAAUAGAAUUGAGUUUCGAUGAGGCAUUCCGUGAGAUAAAUGCUAACAAAUUGUUUGGCUUAACUUUCCAAUUGAUAAAGCGCUUUGUGCCCAGCGAUGAUAGUUUACUACUACAGCAGUUAACUUGUGAAUUGCUUUCAGAUGGCGUUGUUGCUAUUUUUGGACCAAGUUCAAAGGCGUCGAGUGAUAUUGUUGCUGUCAUAGCCAAUGCCACUGGUAUACCGCAUAUGGAAUUUGACUGGAGAAUUGAGUCUCCUACACAAGAUCGCCUUAAUAAUAGAAUGACCGUCAAUGUAGCACCAUCAGUUUCGAUGAUCUCAAAGGCUUAUUACAGCAUUAUCAAAGCCAAUUACAAAUGGAAUAAAUUUACGCUUAUCUAUGAAACAAAGGCUGGUCUCGCCCGCUUGCAGGAUCUCAUGAAUAUUGAAGCAUUGGAUAAUGAACUAAUCAAGAUACGCAAUAUCGAAGAUUAUAAAAGUGAUUUGCGUGUACUCUGGAAGGAGGCGAGUGAGACCUUACAUGAACAUAGAGUCAUACUCGAUUGCGAAGCAGAUUCGCUGCAAAGUUUAUUGUUGAUAGCAAAGGAAUUUAAGAUGUUGGGUGCUUUCAAGUACUUGUUCCUGUCCCAUUUAAAUACGCAUAAUUCACCAUUGCAAAGCAUGUAUAAUGCCGAUUACAAGGCGAAUAUAACCUCUGCGAGAUUGAAAUUAGUCGAAGGGAAUCCUUUUGGGCGUAAGAAGACACGUUUACGGCCAAUUGAUGAGAUCUUCCAAAAUCAAACAUUAUUGCCGAUAAUAAUGUACGAUACGGUCGUUUUGUUUGCGAAUGCGGCAAGAAAUGUUAUUACCAAAAUAAGAACAUAUGUGGAACCGCAAAGGCGUUGCGACUUCUCUUAUCCAGGUCGACCUUGGCAUAUUGGACGCCAAAUAGUGCGUGAAAUGAAGUCCAUCUCUGAAGACGAUGUGGAACCGCCCUUUAAAACGGAGAACCUUAAAAUCGACGAAAAUGGUCAACGCAGUGUAUUCCAUUUGGAGAUCUACAAACCGACUACCAAUGAAAUUUUGGGCAUUUGGAAGCCUGAUGGCACAAUUUCACCGCCAACUACUACGCAAUUUGGUAGCGAUAAUGCUGUUUCUGCGCCUGAUUUUUCAUUAGGCCGUAAAAUGUUUAUAGUAACAACGCGUUUCGAAGAGCCCUAUUUCAUGUUGAGAGAAGAUUAUGAAGCUUUGCGUGGUAAGGAUAGAUACGAAGGCUAUGCAGUGGAUCUGAUACAAAAGCUCUCAAAUAUAAUGAAUUUCGAUUAUGAAUUCUUAGUUGAACGCACUACAGGAAAGUUGAAUCCGCAAACAGGCGAAUGGGAUGGCAUGAUACGGCGCCUAAUUGAUCAUCAAGCACAAAUCGCCAUCUCUGAUAUAACAAUAACACAGGCUCGACGUCAGGUCGUCGAUUUUACGGUGCCUUUUAUGCAAUUGGGUAUUAGCAUAUUGUAUUUUAGAAGACCGAAGGAAGCAAAGAAUGAGUUUGCAUUUCUGGAACCCUUUGCCGAAGAGGUGUGGUACUAUUUGAUGUUGACACAACUGAUUAUGACGUUGCUGUUUGUAUUAUUAGCGCGUUUCUCACAUUAUGAGUGGACGAACCCCAAUCCAGGUAAACCCGAUCCAGAUGAACUCGAAAAUAUAUGGAAUAAUUCAAACUCAUUUUGGUUGAUGAUUGGUUCUAUUAUGCAACAGGGUUGCGAUUUACUACCGAAAGGUCCUCCAAUGCGUAUACUCAGCAGCAUGUGGUGGUUCUUCACAUUGAUGAUAGUCAAUGCUUAUGUCGCUAAUUUGGCUGCGUCGCUAACCAACAAUAAGAUACCGACCGAAUUCGAUAGUUUGGAAGGUCUUGUCGAUCAGAAUAAGGUUAAAUAUGGCACGUUAGCCGGUGGCAGUACAUCGGUUUUCUUUUCGGAAUCAAAUGAGACGGUGUAUAAAAGAGCGUGGAAUCAAAUGAUCUCCUUCACGCCAUCGGCUUUCACUUCGAGUAAUAAGGAAGGUGUUGAGCGUGUACGUAAAGGUAAUGGCAGUUAUGCUUUUCUCAUGGAAACGACUUCCUUGUCAUAUAAUGUUGAACGAAGUUGCAAACUAAAGGCAGUUGGCGAACAAUUUAGUGAGAAGCAUUACGCCCUAGCGGUACCCUUAGGUGCUGAGUAUCGUUCUAAUUUGAGUGUCUCUUUGCUGCAACUCAGUGAGAAGGGUGAACUUUACACUUUGAAACGACGCUGGUGGAAACUGAAAGAGGAAUUGAAUUGUGAUGAUUCUGAUAAUACCGAUGGCGAUGAGCUCUCUAUUAUCGAAUUGAGUGGUGUAUUUGUUGUGCUCGGCGCAGGUGUGGUGGUAGCUUUUAUAAUAGGGAUCUGCGAGUUUUUGUGGAAUGUACAAACAGUUGCCGUGGACGAAAAUACUACGCCAUGGCAAGCUUUCAAAGCCGAACUCUGUUUUGUUUUAAAGUUUUGGGUUACAAAAAAGCCUGCAAAUAUUUCGGAAAGCACAAAAUCCACGACUUCCUCGAAAUCCUCUUCGAAACGUUCGUUAGAUCGUUACCGCUCUCGUUCUCAUAGUCAUGUGAGCGGCCAUUCUCGCCGUACAACUAAAUCGAAGACACGUGAUCGUGAACGCGAGCGCGAACGCAGUGUACAUAGCCGAAGAUAUUAUGAUUAGUUAGAUUAUUAGUUUCACAUUUUGUUCUUCUCUCUAUUAAUUUAUUAUUAUUAUUAUUUUUAUUAAAUUUAAAUAAAGCGAUUUUCUGCAUAUGGGUGAUUCUACGAUAAGAGGUAACUUGUGCGGCAAUCAGCUUAAAGUAUUGUUUUUGUCCUUUAUGUUGCUAUUUUUUUAAAUGAAUCACAUCAUAUUAAUGUAGGGUAUCAAAUAAUAUUACAACUUACUGCAUAAUUAACGCAAUUUGUUGUGAAAUUCCUUAGAAAGUCUAAAAAAGUAUCUUCCCUGGCUUGUCCCCUUGCUACUUUUUAUUUAACUUUCGGACAAUACAUCUAUUUUUUGUAUGAUAUGCUAAACCUAAACUAAGUUCAAUCGGAAGUAAAAUAAUUAAAAUUAAGUAUUGUUAAAUAAAAAACAAAAUUAUUUUGUUUAUUUCAUAUAAUUUAUAACAUAAACUUUUGUCCCAAUUUUUUUAUAUAUCUACCCUGCUAAAAUUUGUUCCCUUGGUACGACAUAAAUUCAAAGAUCUCCUUGAAAAAAGUGCUCAUGGGCUCAUUUCAGCCUGAAGUUAACAAUACUAAUCGCGAAAUCCGUCUGAGCGCUGUAGUUUUUUAGUUAUUGCGGCCCGAUCGUGAGGUGUACUGGAUUCGCAACCUGAUUUUGUCUCUCCCCUGGCAAUUCAUAUAACGUAUACUAUUAAUUUAAUUAAUUUGCCUUUCUUGUCCUAAAUUAUUAAUACUGUGAUAAUUAAAGUGGAAUAAAUAAUUAACCAAAAAAUAAUUCAGUCAAUUAAACCAAUUAAAUUUUUCAUGAAAACGUCUCUCCCCUGCCGUAUUCCCCCUGGAAAAAUAACUGCCAGGGGAGAGAGUUAGAGACCAGGGGAGUUACUAUUCAUCAUGACACACGGACCGGAAGUCGUAAGCUGCUUGAGUCUUGAUACUUUCUUGCGUGAGCUUCUGAACGUGACCCCUUCCCCAUCUGCAGCCAUCACCAGCAUCAGCAAAACCAAAAAUAUUAGCCUCGCAAUCCAAAGCAGAAUCGCUCUUACCAACAGAUGCUAGUUUGGACUGAGUGGACAUUUAAAUGUUAAAGCCUCUCGAUGAACCAAAACCAAACUCUACAAGUCCCUUAUCAUCCCCGUUCUGCUUUAUGGUGCAGAAGCAUGGACGAUGUCAACAUCCGAUGAGACGGAGAAAAAAGUUUUGUGGAACCAGGUAAAAAGUAGUAUUUCCAAUUGGCGUCAGACAGCAAAAAGAAGAGAAGACUAGCGCAAAACUAGAUUCACCUAUAAUCGCAUAAAAUUUGCAUAGGCCAAAUAUGUAUAUAUGUAUAUAUAAAUAAGAUCAGGUUGACCAGACUCUCCUCAUGCCAAAUCUUCUUUUGAAAGGGCAGAAGAUAUAUUACGUAUUUAA